ACACACUACACACCAACACCAGAAAAGAAUUACUGGUAAAGACCGAGAAGUCCUCAAAAGUCCUUUUUUUUAAGCAUAGAAAGGCCUCUUCUUUCUCUCUUUUUAUCUUCAGCUAACCCAUCCAAGAAUCUUAUUUGGAAACUGCCAUUUCUGCACAAAAUCCUCUUUGCCGAGUUGAAAAGAGCUUACAGGCACAAAAAAUGGAACCAGAAGAAAACAUAAAGCCACAUGCCAUAAUGAUACCAGCGCCUCUUCAAGGUCACAUUGUACCAUUCACUCAUCUUGCAAUAAAUCUUGCAUCCAAAGGUCUCACCAUAACUUUUGUCAAUACACAAUCAACUCAUCAAAGGUUGAUGAAAGCUCAAUCACUAUCUGGCAGCUUUCUGGAUUAUGACAUUUUCUCUGAGGCACGAAAAUUUGGCCUUGAUAUUCGAUACACAACGAUAUGUGAUGGUUUCCCACUGAACUUCGAUCGAGCAGGGAACCACAAUCAGUUCAUGGAAGGGUUAUUACAUGUUUUCUCAGCACAUGUGGAUGAUCUUGUGGGAAAUCUUGUCAAUUCGAACCAUAAUCCUCCAGUUUCUUGCCUAAUAGCUGAUAGUUUCUAUGUUUGGCCAUCAGAGAUUGCCAAGAAGUACAAUCUUGUUAACAUAUCAUUCUGGACUGAACCAGCUCUGGCAUUCACAAGUUACUAUCAUAUGGACCUAUUAAAAAGAAAUGGUCACUUUGGUUCUCAAGAUAACCGUGAAGACACGAUAUGUUACAUACCGGGCAUUCAGGCUAUUGAACCAGGAGAUCUUCCUUCAUACAUUCAAGAUCCCGAGCCAUGGAGUAUAAUGCACCACUACAUAUUCAACUCACUUGAAGAUGCAAAGAAAGCAGAUAUGAUCAUCUGCAACACAGUACAAGAACUAGAGUCUUCAACAAUCUCAGCUUUACAAGAGAAGAAGCCAUUUUAUGCAGUAGGACCAAUUCUCCCAAAUGGCUUUACCAAAAGUGUUAUACCAACAAACCUAUGGGUGGAAUCAGACUGCAUCCAGUGGCUAAAUGCCAAGCCAAAAGGUUCAGUUAUGUACAUAUCAUUUGGAAGUCUUGCAAAUAUUAGUAGACAAGAUGUUCUUGAAAUAGCUCAUGGACUUCUUCUAAGCAGAGUGAGCUUUAUUUGGGUAGUUCGUCCCGACAUCACAUGGUCUAAGGAAACUGAUAUUUUCCCAUCAAGAUUUGAGGACGACGUAAAAGACAGAGGAUUAGUUGUGCCAUGGUGUAGCCAAAUUGAUGUAAUUUCACAUCCAGCUAUAGGAGGAUUCUUGACACAUUGUGGGUGGAAUUCAGUUUUGGAGAGUAUUUGGUGCAAAGUUCCAAUGUUGUGUUUUCCUAUAUUCACUGAUCAAUUUACUAACAGAAAACUGGUGGUUAGUGAGUGGAAAGUUGGUUUUGAUCUUUGCAGUGGCAGAAUCCUCAGAAGACAGGAAAUUGCACAGAAAAUAGACUGUUUCAGUUCUGAAGCCAAUAAAUUAAGGAUCAACUUAGAGAAAACCAGGAGGAAGCUCGAAGAUGCAUUAUCCGAAAAUGGAACUUCAGGAAGAAAUUACAAACAAUUAAUCUGUGACCUCAAGUCCAAAAUUCUGCAGAAAAGCAAGAUUAACAACACAAGCUUACUUUAGUAUGGGAUGAUCAUAUAUAGCAUAUUUAGGAUCUCAAAUGUCAUUACACACCUAUUUUAUUACUAGAUUUAAGCUUCAUUCACUUACGGUUAAAAAGAAAUUUAAACAUCUUGGUGUAAAUCGGCCAGUAUCAAACAUGUUACCUACCAUCUUUGCUAGUCACAAACCAUGUUCAGUUUAAACAUUGACAUGCAUUUAGCUUUUCAAUGA